AUGGAAAGUGUAGAACUAGUAAUACACCAUGGGGGGAAUUUUGUUAAAGAUUCAGAACAGCAGUACAUAAAUGGGGAGGUUUGGGAAGUUGAUAUAGACCCAGAUUUGCUUUCAUGCCCACAUUUAGUAAAGUUCAUAAAAGAGGGGAUGCUAUUUGAGGAUGCAUCACAGUUUAAGAAUGCCAUGAUCAAGUAUGCAGUGCAUUUUAAAAGGGAUAUAUACUUCUACAAAAAUGAGAGUAUGAGGGUGAGGAUAAAAUGUGUUGAGGGGUGUCCAUUUGUUUGUCAUUGUAGUUGGGAAGAAAGGUAUAGGUGUUUCCAGCUUAAAACCUGCCUCCUUGAGCAUAGGUGCAACUGCAAAUAUAAACUGAAAUUGGUAACGCAGAAAUGGUUGGAAGAAAAAUAUGAGGACAUCAUUAUCAAAGACCCAACAAUGCAACAUACCAAGCUCAGGGAUCAUAUUCAGACAGACUUGAAGAUUAAUUUGACAAUCAGUAUGGUGAGAAGGGCACAAAGAGCAGUUUUAGAAAGGGUCAAUCUAGGUUAUUCAGAACAGUUCAAGAGAAUAAGAGAUUAUGCCCAAGAGUGUUUGAACUCUAAUCCUAGAAGCACAGUUCUUAUAAAGACUACUAGGGUAGUUCCAACAGCACCUUGUACUUUUCACAGACUUUAUGUCUGUUUCCAAGCAAUGAAAAGAGGGUUUUUAGAUGGCUGUAGACCUAUAAUUGGUUUGGAUGGAUGCUUUCUCAAAGGGGUUAUGAAAGGUGAGUUGUUAGCGGCUGUUGGGAGGGAUUCUAAUAACCAAAUGUACCCAAUAGCAUGGGCAGUCGUUGAGAUAGAGAACACAGAUUCUUGGAAAUGGUUUUUACAGCUAUUGAUUCAGGACCUAGGUAUUAACAACAGUUGGAAUUGGACAGUCAUUUCAGAUCAACAAAAGUGUACUUGUGUUUUUGUGUAUGGUUUAGUUCAUGUCAUCCAAGAGCUGCUGCCUAAUGUAGAACACAGACACUGUGCAAGACAAAUACAUGCAAACUGGAGCAAGAAACAUAGAGGAAAGCUGCUGAAAAAACACUUCGAGCAACAGACAAUGGUUGAGCAACUUCGAUUAAAGGAUGCACAAGCUAAACAAGAUUUGGAAAACUACCCUGCAAAAUUCUGGUGCAAAGCUUUUAUGCGCACUGAAGUGAAAUGUGAUUCAGUUGAUAACAACAUGUGUGAGGCAUUCGAUGGGACAAUUGUUAAGCCAAGGAGCAAACCAAUAGUGAAGAUGUUGGAAGAUGUAGACAAGGAUUGCAAGAUGCAGGAAAGAUGUAGACAAAUGGCCUGGUAA